AACACACACAUUGCUGUUAUAUAACAGAUUUACCACAUUGAGAAAAAACUAGUUGCAGAGCAAAUGGUGAUGAGGUCGAGAGGCGGCGGCGGUGCCGGUUCUAGACGGACAACAAGAUCAGGGGUCGUCCGAUCAGUCUACGAAGAUUUCAAGCCGGUAUCUGAAUGGCAGCAAGAUGAUGAAUCCCACAUUCUCAAUAUUUAUCUUCCUGGUUUCAUGAAGGAGCAGAUCAAGGUUAGCAUGGAAGGCCGGAACACCAUCAGGGUUCGCGGGGAACGCCUUGUAGCUGGCAACAAAUGGAGUCGCUUCCUGGAGGACUUUCAAGUUCCAGAAAAUGGUGAAAUGAAUUCGGCUCGUGCCAAGUUCCGUGGAGGGAUACUUAGCAUUACAGUCCCGAGAGAGAAAGUUGGCAAAGAAGAUGCUCUUCCUACAGAAACCAGAGGAGUUGAUGAUAUCCGAAAGCAACCCACCCCACAAAAGUUAUCAGGUGAUCCAGAGAUGAAACGUGGCCAGGAUGGCAAUCAAAAGCAACCCAUCCCUCAACACGAAGCUUCUCCAGCAGUUGGUACUAGCCAAUCUGCGGAAGAGAAAAGGUUAGAACCUCUCAAGGCAUCUGCUGAACAUAACCACAGACAUGAUCUGGAACUGACAAGUACCAGAAACGUAGUUUCCCAAGAUAUUGAGAAAAAGGAAAGCAGUGACAAGUCAUUACUCGACCCAAAAAAUGCACAUGACAGAGAUGGUGAUCAGAAAGGCAGGAGCUUUACCCCAAUGAGAAUUACUGGAAAUGUAAUCACCCAGAAUGAUGUAAGAAUUGAAAGCAGUGAAACUAAAGAAAAGCACGUUGCAUCAGAGAAACCAGAUGACAAAACAAAAGAGAAAGUACACAAGGAAGGUAAGGAGGCCAUGCGAAGUUCUGAAUUACCUGAGGCCGAGACAGCCAAGACAAUGAAAAUGGAGAACAACGGAGCCACAGGCAUGCCUGCAAAGCACGCAGACAACAAAGAACUAUAUAGAGCUUCAAAAAAGACGAAACACAAGAAGGAGAUGAAAGGGCUCACUGAGCUCAAUGAAGAAAGGCAAUUGCUGGUGAAUAUGGGGGCGGCUAUGCUUGUUAUCGUGGGACUCGCCGCGUAUGUCACCUACAACUUUUUAUCUGCAAAAGAUAACAACUAGAUUCUGUAUGAUUCAAUUUGUAUAUAAAUCAAGAAUAUGAGGAGCUUGAAAGAUAACGGGCACAUUGUUUUACAUUCCCCAGCUCCCGUUAGCUAUUCUAAAGCUGCCUAACCAAUAUAGCAAAUGAAAAGUGGUAAAAGAAUAAGUGAUUUUCCUCAUUCAGGACAUA